GCCCCUUUAAGCCCAUUUUGGAAUACUUUUGUUGUGUCAUUUCUUCCUCUCUGAGUGGCUCAGUGCAUAUCCAUUUCCAACUGUUUCUCUCUUCCUUGAUUUGCGGCCAAUCGUUGAAGAAGAAAGAAGAAGUAGAGAGCAGAAGAUACUACUACAGACUACAGACUACAGACUACAGACUACAGAGACAGAGAGAUCUUGCAAGAUGGGUAAAGCAAGAGGAGUGAACAAUGGUGUUAAUGAAAGUUCUCUCGGCUAUCUCUUUGGUUCCGGUCAGCCUUCUUCCACCGCCGCAGCCGCAAUGGGGACUACUACGACUACGACCACCACAACUACCACCGAUGGAACCGGAGGGAGACCGAUUACCACCACGACUACUACGGUGACUGACAACAAGAAGACAUCUGCUGGUGUUAGAGGAAGCCCUAAUAACUACUUCAGAUCAGAAGGCCAAAACUGUGGAAACUUUCUCACGGACAGGCCAUCUACUAAGGUUCAUGCAGCUCCUGGUGGAGGAUCUUCUCUUGGUUACCUGUUUGGAGGACCAAGUCCUGCUGGAUCUGGAAACAAAUAAUCAAGUUUACUUUUUGUGUAUCCGAUAACUCGGAUUUGUGUAAAUCAUCAAAAGUGUGGCUUUAUCCCUCUGUGAACCCCUGUGUGUGAUUCAAUUCUGAUGUUUGCCUUUGAGAUCUAAUUCUUUGUGUUGUUACAAAAAAAUCAGACAAUGUUUUCUGUAAGUUUCAAGGAAAUAAACUAAGUACUGAUCUACC